AGCUUCCGGGAGGCGUCACCGAGCGGAAGCGGAAGCGGAGGGGGAGGGGAGGGGAGCGGAAGCGCUUCCGGCGGCGGGCACCGGGAGGGCGGGGAGGCAGCGCCCGGCCCGGCCCCGCCAUGGGGGCGCCGCUGGAGCCCCUGGAGCCGGGGCAGGCGCCCGCAGGCGGCCAAGUGGUACCGGCUGCGGCCUCGCGGUGCGGGGCCCAGCGGGCGCGUGGGGCCCGGCUGCCUCCUGCUGCCCGCCCGGCCCGGCCGCGUCCUGCUGCUGGGCGGCGCCGACACCGACGGCGCCUUCGCGGACGCGCACGUCCUGGAGCUGGGGUCCCUGCGCUGGGCCCAGGCCGGCUGGAGCGGGCUGCGGCCGCGCUACGAGCACGCCACCUUCCUGCCCCCCUGCCGCCCUCCGCGCCUCUGGGUCUUCGGCGGCGCCGACCAGGCCGGGAACAGGAGCUGCGUGCAGGCGCUGGACCCCGAAACAGGAACCUGGGAGAGUCCUGCGGUGGCUGGCACCCCGCCACUGCCCAGGACGUUCCACACAUCCUUGGCAGCUGUCGGGGACCGCCUGUACGUCUUCGGAGGGGGAGACAAGGGAGCAGAACCUGUCCAAGACCAGCAGCUUCAUGUGUUCGACACAGCCACCUGUACCUGGUCCCAGCCUGACACCCGCGGCGAUCCCCCGUCCCCCCGGCACGGGCACGUCAUGGUGGCAGUCGGGACCAAACUCCUCAUACACGGCGGUUUAGCUGGCGAUGUUUUCUACGAUGAUCUGUUCUGCAUUGAUACAGCAGACCUGACGUGGGUUAAGAUACGAGCCAGCGGUGAUGUCCCUGGGGGACGGGCGUCGCACGCCUCAGCAGUGCUCAGGGACCACGUGUACAUCUUCGGGGGCAUGGGCCCGGCCGGGGCCCUGGACACCACGCACAAAUACCACAUGGGGGAGCAGCGGUGGACGCUCCUGCGCUUUGAGUCCCCACUGCCCGCUGGGAGGUUGGACCACGCCAUGUGCGUCAUCCCCUGGCGCGCCCCUGGCAGCCCUGGCGCUGUGGGAGAGGAAGCCGAAGAGGAGCCGGCGGGGGGCAAGGCUGACCUCCUGCUGGGGAGCCAGGAGGAGGAGGAGGAGGAGCAGGGCUGUGGGGAGGACCCAGCGCUGCAUCUGCUGUUUGUGUUUGGGGGAAUGGACACGCAAGGGGAGAUGUUCAGGGACUGCCUGGUGACCCUGAUCGAGUAGCGGGGCGGGCCCGGGAAGGUUUUGUAGCAGUGCCUGAGCAAGGCCCUGCCCUGCAAUAAACACGGUGUUGCUGUCAGGGGUGGCUCCGUGCUCCCAGCUGGGUACAGCCGCUCUCCCUGCA